GGGAUCGUCCUGGAGAACAGGCGGCGAGGUUAGGUCUUGGCUUCGGAGAUUCUCAGGUCUGAUGGAGGGAGCUAAAGGAGAGGGGCCGGCUGGAGGCGGCGCCAUGGAGAACAGCGUGGAGCAGCCUCGCCAGCAGGACCACCUCAUUCGGGAUGGGGACUUUGUGGUGCUGAAGAGAGAGGACGUGUUCAAAGCCGUGCAGGUGCAGCGGAGAAAAAAAGUUACUUUUGAGAAACAGUGGUUUUUUUUGGAUAACGUCAUUGGACAUAGUUAUGGAACUACAUUUGAAGUAUCCAGUGGUGGGAAUCUUCAGCCCAAGAAGAUGAUGGAAGAGAUCACUUCAGAAACUAAAGAAGCUGGUAUUGAUAAUCGAAAUAUAGUUGAUGAUGGAAAGUCUCAGAAACUUACUCAAGAUGACAUAAAAGCUUUGAAGGACAAGGGCAUUAAAGGAGAGGAAAUUGUUCAGCAGUUAAUUGAAAAUAGUACAACAUUCCGAGAUAAGACAGAAUUCGCCCAGGAUAAAUAUAUAAAGAAGAAGAAGAAAAAAUAUGAAGCAAUCAUUACUGUUGUGAAGCCAUCUACCCGUAUUCUUUCAAUUAUGUAUUAUGCAAGAGAACCUGGAAAAAUUAACUACAUGCGAUACGAUACACUGGCCCAGAUGUUGACCUUGGGGAAUAUCCAUGCUGGCAAUAAAAUGAUUGUAAUGGAAACUUGUGCAGGCUUGGUGCUGGGUGCUGUAAUGGAGCGGAUGGGGGGUUUUGGAUCAAUCAUUCAGAUGUACCCAGGAGGUGGUCCUGUUCGAGCAGCAACAACUUGUUUUGGAUUUCCAAAAUCUUUCUUUAAUAGUCUUUAUGAGUUUCCCCUUGGCAAAGUGAACUGUCUUCUAAAUGGAACAUUUUCUUCCAAAGCUUUGCCUUCGGAGUCCAAAGACAGUAUUUCAGUAGAAGAAAACAAUGGCACUCUUCUUGAUGACCUACAGACUUCUCCAAAGGAGAUAGAAGAAAAUAUUGUUGAAGUUAUAGAAAAUAACCAUCCUCAACAAGAAACAAUGGAAGUUAUUUCCCAAGAGCCAGAAUAUAAGGAGCACAAAGAAAGAGGAAAUAAAAAAGACUAUAUUCAAGAAUUCCAAAGAAAACAAGAACAACAGAAGAAAAGACAAAUAGAAGCUGCUACUCUGUUGAAUGAAAGAAAUGCGGAUGGUUUAAUUAUAGCCAGUCGAUAUCACCCAACACCACUGGCUCUUUCUUUGCUGGAAUUUGUUGCUCCUUCAAGGCCUUUUGUUGUCUACUGUCAUUAUAAAGAGCCACUGGUAGAGUGCUAUACAAAAUUAAGAGAAAGAGGAGGAGUUAUUAAUCUCAGGCUGUCAGAAACCUGGCUCAGAAAUUACCAGGUUCUGCCAGAUCGAAGUCAUCCCAAAUUGAUGAUGAGUGGAGGUGGAGGUUAUCUUCUCUCAGGCAUCACUGUUGCCAAUGAUAAACAAAAAUCAGAAUCCUGUGUAUUAGAGUUACAAAAGACUGAAGAGCCAACAGCUAAAAAACGAAAAGUUCAGGAGUCUGACUCAACCCUUGAAGAUCUACCUUGAUUUUACUUCCAAGGAUUCUUUGAAUUAGCAAUUCACAUUCUUAACAUGCCAUUACCAAUUGCUCCUUGGUACCGUAAGAGCAUGUUUACACAGCCAUUCUUGGAAACCUGGUUGUGUUAAUGUAUUUUAAAGAAGCUUUUCCCGGUUAACACCUGGCUGCUGGGAAGGAAAAAAACUCUCCAACCCACUUUAUGGACAAAGGUGUCAGAUCCACUCUGGCAUGGAGGUGCUGGGAAAACCAAAGCCUUUUGGCAUGAAAUGGAAUUAAGUUUGACUUAACUAAGAUCACUUCUGUGUCUUAAAAUAGUGUGUCAAUUAGUGUCUUAAAAAUUCAGAUAAAAAAAGAAAAAGAAUCCCAACACAUUUUGUAUAUAGGACUAAACUUGGUUUUAACCAAUUGAAAAUUCUUUAGUCAUAUGCACAUACAUGUGUAUUUGAAAGGAUUUAUGGAAGAAAAGUUUAAGCAGUAUGGGAGGUUUUAUAUAGUUUGCAUACCAAAUAUUUACUAUAUCUCUCCAGUGGUAUUAUCUACAUUUUAAAAUUGUAUUGGUUUUUAUUAUUUUUAAUAUGUGACAACUUGAAGUUGUAAAUUUUUGUUUUAUUGCUAUCUAUCAUGGUAUAUGGAAGGGUCGUAAUAGGGUUACUUAGUUUUUGUUAAUUUUCAAAAGACUUUCAUUCUUCAUUUCCAAUAAGACUAUUCUAUUUUUUCUCUCAAUUAAGGGGAUUUUUUUGCAUAUGGUUUUGUUUUGUUUUUUUUUCAUGAGGGAUCUCUUUCUUAUAAAGGGGCAAAUGGGCCAUCAGUGCUUGAGGUAUGACAAUAAAAUAAUGAGACUUUUUCACAUGAUUUAUAAAACUAGUCGCAUCUAGUUUCUCACCUCAACCCAAUACAUUUUAAAGAGUCUUCUGUUUCAAGACUAUAAAUUAAUGUAGUCAGUGAUAGUCGUGAUGCCAGUUUGCUGAGCCUUAGCAUAAUUAAAUAGUUAUAUUUUUAAAAUUUUUAAUAAAUUGGCCUUGAUUUCAUUAUUCAUUUGCAACUGAAGAAAGGUUUUCAGAUUAUGCCCAAGACAGAUGAUUUGUCUUCAGAGUUUUUGAAUGUUUGUUGAGAUAGUGUGGUUAUUAAUAUUUAUUUAAAUAUUAAUAAUUUAUUAUUAAUGUUAUCUUACUGUGAAAUUCUCAUGGGAAAAAGAGUUAGAGGAUAUUCAUGAUCAGCCUUAUGUUAUUUAAACUGCUAGAUCUGUACUUUGUAUUCUGAUAAUGGCAAAUGAUAAUUAUUAACAAAUACACAUCUUGGUAUUUUUUAUCUUUGCCAGCCAUGCAUUUCAUACUGAAACUUAGCUCACAGUAAAUCUGUGUUUUUCUAAUGCCACUAUCUGAGUACAUUGUGAAACAUGGGCUGUAAUGAACAGAAAAGACAUUUGCUUGGUUACAGAUUCCAAUCCUACAAGUAUUUAUUAAUUGUCUGCUCUGUGCAAGGUCCUGUGUGACGUAAUAAGGGUACAAAGACAAAACAAAACACAGUUCCUGACCUCAAAGAACUUAAUUCUAUUGGAAUGUAUUGUUAUUGUUAACUUGCAGACAUGGUUCAUAAAUCUAAUGGGUGAAAUUAUAGUAACCUAGUACACAAUAAUACACAAUGACUGUCUUUUUAAAAUUAUUUAUUUACUUAUUUUGUAGUCAUUUAUUAUCUCUCCCUCCCACUGCUCUCCCUACUUCCACAAUUGAACAAUUAAAAAAGCACGAACAAUAAAACAUUCAUAACAAA